GUUAAACGUUGCGAAGCAGGAAAUUGGGUCUUUCUGAAAUUCUCACGGAAGAAAACCAAAUUACAUGGUGAAAAUGGUAAAGACAAAUUUAGUAUUUUCGACUGUUACAUUGAUCACAUUUCUUGGUCUUGCCAAAGGAACAAUAACAUGUCCACCUGAUGGUCAAAGAUUUGUAUUUUUACCUGGAUCUUCUCACAAUAUAACUUGGACAUUAAAUGUUACUGAAGACAUUAAUUUAUGGCUUUGGGGUUUUACACCUCGUGGUUCAUCUUCCCCUCAACAAAUUGCAGUAAUAUUUCCUAUUAGUGAUAUACCCCAAUAUUCACCAUCACCUUUAACAUUUGAAGUUUUUAAACCUGGAACUUUGUGGCUGAAGAAUGUAAAUCAAAGUUACAAUGGUGAAUUUUCAUUUACUAUUUUUACUAUUCCUCGUACUCCUCCAUCAAAAGUAAAUGUUUAUAUUGCUGUGAAACCAAAUGUGAUAAUUAAUUGUUCAACACCUCUGGUUGUGAAUGAAGGUGAUAAUGUGUCAUGUGUAUGUAGAGGUGAAGGAGGUAACCCUCCUGCUAAUGUCACAUGGUUUGAUAAAAAUAACAACAUAAUUGGUGAUGUUGGAGUUGUAAGUAAGACAUUAGUAAUCACUAAUGUUACAUUGAAUGAUGGUGGAAGUUACAGAUGUAAAGCACAAAGUUAUAAUGAUCCACGUUUUAGAGAUGAAAAAUCUAUUGAAGUAACAGUGAAAGCUACUUAUCCACCACAACAAACCAAUAUCACCAUCAGUCCAAUGUCAGUUAGAAAAGGUCAAAAUGUGACAAUAACCUGUGAAUCAGAUGGUUAUCCUGAACCAACCUACACUAUUUAUCAUAAUGGUGCAGUUAUCAGUAAUAAUAAGACAUACAUCAUUCAAUCUGUCAACUUCAAUAACGCUGGUUCAUAUCGUUGUGAAGCAAAGAAUAAACUGGGAAAUGAUUCAUCUGAUGUUAAAAAUCUUACUAUCAUCAAAGUGAAAGCUACUUAUCCACCACAACAAACCAAUAUCACCAUCAGUCCAAUGUCAGUUAGAAAAGGUCAAAAUGUGACAAUAACCUGUGAAUCAGAUGGUUAUCCUGAACCAACCUACACUAUUUAUCAUAAUGGUGCAGUUAUCAGCAAUAAUAAGACAUACAUCAUUCAAUCUGUCAACUUCAAUAACGCUGUGAAACCAAAGGUGGUAAUUAAUUGUUCAAAACCUCUGGUUGUGAAUGAAGGUGAUAAUGUAUCAUGUGUAUGUAGAGGUGAAGGAGGUAUCCCUCCUGCUAAUGUCACAUGGUUUGAUAAAAAUAACAACAUAAUUGGUGAUGUUGGAGUUGUAAGUAAGACAUUAGUAAUCACUAAUGUUACAUUGAAUGAUGGUGGAAAUUACACAUGUAAAGCACAAAGUUAUAAUGAUCCACGUUUUAGAGAUGAAAAAUCUAUUGAAGUAACAGUGAAAGCUACUUAUCCACCACAACAAACCAAUAUCACCAUCAGUCCAAUGUCAGUUAGAAAAGGUCAAAAUGUGACAAUAACCUGUGAAUCAGAUGGUUAUCCUGAACCAACCUACACUAUUUAUCAUAAUGGUGCAGUUAUCAGCAAUAAUAAGACAUACAUCAUUCAAUCUGUCAACUUCAAUAACGCUGGUUCAUAUCGUUGUGAAGCAAAGAAUAAACUGGGAAAUGAUUCAUCUGAUGUUAAAAAUCUUACUAUCAUCAAGUACAAGAUUGUGCUGAACAAUGAAGAUAGUUAUAUAUUUUUCUUUGUUGGCGAGAUUCAGAUUCGUUUGAAACCAAAGGUGGUAAUUAAUUGUUCAAAACCUCUGGUUGUGAAUGAAGGUGAUAAUGUAUCAUGUGUAUGUAGAGGUGAAGGAGGUAUCCCUCCUGCUAAUGUCACAUGGUUUGAUAAAGAUAACAACAUAAUUGGUGAUGUUGGAGUUGUAAGUAAGACAUUAGUAAUCACUAAUGUUACAUUGAAUGAUGGUGGAAAUUACACAUGUAAAGCACAGAGUUAUAAUGAUCAACGUUAUAGAGAUGAAAAAUCCAUUGAAAUAACAGUGACACCUACAUAUCCACCACAACAAACCAAUAUCACCAUCAGUCCAAUGUCAUUGAAAAAAGGUCAAACUGUGACAAUAACCUGUGAAUCAGAUGGUUAUCCUGAACCAACCUACACUAUUUAUCACAAUGGUGCAGUUAUCAGUAAUAAUAAGACAUACAUCAUUCAAUCUGUCAACUUCAAUAACGCUGGUUCAUAUCGUUGUGAAGCAAAGAAUAAACUGGGAAGCGAUUUAUCUGAUAAAAAGGAUACCAAUUCUAAGCUAAUGGGAAAGCAAUAUAAAUACAACGAUUAA